AUGGAUUUGGUGGAUAGGUUACAGUUGCGUAUUUUCCCUGCUAGCGGGAGUAUAUUUGGUGUAGGUGGCUCUAAGGUUGCUGGUUUGCGGGGACAAGUUACACUUACUUUUUCUCCUGUUCAAUGCUCUCAGCCACAGAUUACAAUUUCUGCCAUAAUUUUAGAUACUGUUAUGGGCAGACACCCACUUGUUAAAUUACCAUCGGAGAUAUUAGAUUUUACACGUAGUCUAAACUUAGCGGAUUGUACAUUUCAUAUUCCAGGUCAAAUCGAUUUGCUACUCGGAGCAGAAGUUUUGGGAAUGCUGCGGCUAAGUAAAAGCACACUUUUACAACCAGCGGGUUUAGUAGCAGUCACAACUGAUUUUGGUGAUGUCAUUAUGGGUCCUGUGUUUCCAAUAGAAUCUCUUAGCGUUGAAGAUGGUAACUUGUGUGUGGGACUCUCACUUGCUGAAGCCAUUCAACGGUUUUGGGAAGUCGAAGAGCCUCCCACAGCGGCUCGUGAAAAUCCGGAGCACCAAGAAUGUGAAUUGUUUUUUCAGAAUAACACUGGUCGUCUCCGUUCGGGUAGGUUUGUCACGAGGUUACCUUUUUUACCAUCCCGACCACCUUUGGGUCACUCCAGGUCUUUAGCUGAGAAAAGGUUAACAUCCAUGGAGAGACGAAUGAAAAGAGAUUCUACUUUUCGUGCUAAGUAUAUAGAGUUUAUGGACGAGUACUUUAAGCUCGGACAUAUGUCAGUUUCUGAUUAUGAUUGGCGCACACAGGAGCACUACUUCAUUCCACAUCAUGCUGUGUUUAAAGGUGGUAAAAUAAGAGUGGUUUUUGAUGGCUCAGCGCCUACUUCCAAUGGAGUUUCUUUAAAUCAAUGUUUGCAUUCGGGCCCAAAGUUACAUCGUGACAUUGGUGAUAUUUUAACAAAUUUUAGAAGACAUCAGAUUGUAUUUGUUGCAGAUAUUAAAAUGAUGUUUAGGCAAACUGUAAUUCAUACUGAUGACCGUUGCUAUCAACUUAUCUUGUGGCGUGAGAAGGAAUCCGAUCCAGUUACAGUAUUUGAAUUAAAUACCAAUACUUACGGACUCAGAUCAAGUCCUUAUAUUGCUAUUCGUACAUUGUUAGAAUUGGCUGAGCGAGAACGUUUGCAAUUUCCAAGAGCAGCUGAUGUUUUGAAUAGUGAUGUUUUCGUUGAUGACAUUUGCACUGGAGCUGCAAAUGAGAAAGAAGCCUUGAUACUACGCGAUGAGCUAAUUGGGAUUCUUAAGGCUGGUGGAUAUGAGUUAAGGAAAUGGGUGUCUAACUCACAAGCUGUUCUUGCUGGUUUACCCGAGGAUCAUCAACAACAUCCAUAUAUUUUUCAGAACGUGGACAACCCUGACGCUGUUGCAGUAUUAGGUAUUCAGUAUCAACCGUUAGGUGAUAUAUUUACCUUUCGAGUGCAAGACAUAGAUGUAAUUAAAUCUUGGACAAAGCGUGUAGUACUUUCAACUGUAGCCAGGAUAUACGAUCCUAAUGGAUGGUUAGCUCCAGUUGUUUUUUGGGCAAAAUGUUUUAUACAAAAGCUUUGGUUACAAGGAUUAACAUGGGAUGCCCCUUUAGUUGGUGAAUUGUUAAGUGUUUGGGUUAGGUUUGUUUCGUCGCUUCCUGAAAUUCAAUUGAUUAAAAUUGAUAGGUCUUUAUUGCCACCAGGGAAAUGCAUAGUGGAUAUUCAUGGUUUUUGUGAUGCAUCGGAAAGUGGUUAUGCUGCUGCAGUUUAUAUUCGUUCUGUCAAUCAAUCUGGUGUUGUAACGGUUAAACUAGUUAUGGCAAAGAGUAAGGUUGCACCGGUAAGAACACGCUUAACAAUUCCUAAAUUAGAGUUAUCAGGUGCUGUUCUAUUGACACGUUUGAUAAACCAUGUUAAAUCCAUUUUUGGCCAAAAAAUGAAUAUUCAGAAGUGUUUUGCUUGGACUGAUAGUCAGAUAGUUCUUGCAUGGCUGCAAGCGUCAGUUCAUGUUUUGGAAGUAUUUGUGGCCAAUAGGGUUUGUCAAAUUCAGCAAUCUGUCGUGACCUUGGAUUGGAGGCAUGUACCGGGAGAACUUAAUCCGGCAGACUGUGCAUCUCGAGGUUGUGAGGCUCCAGUAAUAUUAGACCAUCCCUUAUGGUGGGCUCCAGGUUGGCUGUACCAACCCGAAAAUUGUUGGCCUCGCAUUAAAACGGAACUUGUUGAGCCUCUUCCGGGUUUAAGAGUUAUUUCUCUUGUCGUUCAGGAAUCGAUAGAAAACUUAGACCCGUUACUCGCAAGGUUUAGUUCAUUAGACAAAUUGAUUGGAGUGACCGCCUGGAUUAGGAGGUUUAUUUAUAAUUCAAGGAAUCCAACAAUUAAGAAUAUGUCAAAUGUAUUAUCACCAGAUGAAAGAAAUGAAUCCUUAUUAUUCUGGGUUCGUUAUAUCCAAGCUAAGCAUUUUGAAACAGUCUUUGCUACUCUAAAAGGACAAGGUAAAUUAAAGGGAUCUGUUGCUCGGCUGAAUCCAUUUAUUGAUGAUAAGGGUUUGUUACGCGUAGGUGGGAGAUUACGCCAUUCAGAACUACCUUAUAAUCAUAAACAUCCGCUUCUCCUUCCUAAUCGAACUCCAUUGGGAGAUUUGAUAAUUACUGACAGACACGAAAAGAAUGCACAUGUUGGCUUAAAUACACUUUUGGCUAUUAUUCAUCAACAAUUUUGGAUUUUGUCAGCCAGGAGGGCUAUUCGAAAUGUUAUUUUUAAGUGUAUUCCUUGUUAUCGACUUAAAGCAUCCUUGACUCAACCACAAAUGGGAGAUUUGCCUCCAGAUCGCAUUACUGCUGCUAGACCCUUCUCUGGUGUAGGCACCGAUUUUGCUGGGCCAUUUUCCAUCAAGGUUUCAUCAUUGCGAAACGCCAAGAUCGUAAAAGGGUACCUCUGUGUCUUUGUCUGUCUUGUUACAAAAUCCGUAUACCUGGAGGUGGUGUCAUCACUUAGUACUGAAGCUUUUAUCGCUUGUUUGUCUCGUUUUGUUAGUCGUCGAGGAUUACCAAACUUGAUUCGCUCCGACUGUGGGACAAAUUUUAAGGGCAGUGAACGUUACCUCGGAGAAGUUUAUAAGUUUUUGACUGAAAACCAACUGCCUAUCGAAAGUUCACUUUCUCGUCGUGGAAUUAAAUGGAAAUUUAGUCCGGCUGGAUAUCCAUCUUGGGGUGGAAUAUUUGAGGCUGUAGUGAAGGUGGCCAAAACACAUAUACGACGAAUUAUAGGAGAAUCAGUUCUUACAUAUGAAGAACUAGCCACAGUCUUUUGUAACAUUGAAUCUGUUUUGAACUCACGACCACUUUGUCCUAUAACUUCGGACCCAAAUGAUCUAGAAGCUUUAACUCCUGGACAUUUUUUGAUUGGGGCUCCUCUCAAUGCGUUACCUGAAUAUCCAUUUGUGGACACACCAAUAAAUCGGCUCUCACGUUUCCAACUGCUACAACAAUUAUCUCAGAGUUUUUGGAAACGUUUUAAUAUAGAAUAUCUCCAUUUAUUGCAGCAACGAGUUCGUUGGAUAGAUAAAACAGAUCCGCCUAAGGUUGGGGACUUGGUUCUUAUCAAAGAACCAAAUAUGCCACCAUUAUCUUGGAGACGCGGUCGCAUUAUUAAACUAUUCCCGGGUGCAGAUGGUACCCCACGAGUCGCCGAGGUCCGCGUUGGGGAAUCGGUUUUAAAAAGAGCCGUGGCCUGCUUGUCACGUCUUCCAGUGGCAUAACCUUUGCUACCAGCCUCCGGUUUUGGACUCAGUCAUGUUAAGCCUGACUGGGACGGGGGACUGUUCGGAAUAGAA